AUAGAAUCAAUUCAAAGAAGAAAACGAAGUCGUGUUGAAGACAUGUUCACUUGCCUUACUACUUAAUAUAAAUCAGUUGUCAAAGUUGCAGGAACUUCUGCUGGUAUAAAGAUGCCCGCGGGUGUGUCUUGGCCAAGGUACAUGAAAAUGUUUGCAGCCAGUGUGUUAUCCAUGUUUGCAGGUGCUGAGGUCGUCCAUCAGUAUUACCGCCCUGAUUUGAGCAUUCCAGAGGUUCCUCCGAAACCUGGAGAACUGCAGACAGAACUUCUUGGAUUGAAGACUCGACAGACAGCCUCUGAGAAACACUGAUGUCAGUUUUCAUAUAUAAAUUUGUAUAUAUUUGUCAUGUGGUGACCUUGAAAUACUUUGUGAUGUUUCAUAAUGGAAGAAUAAAUCUGUUUGUAUUUUUUCAAUUAAAUCUAAUAAAUAAAAGCGAACAAUAUGAACAA